AUGGUCGGCGGCAUCAUCGAGAGCUGCGUGUGCAAGGCCUUGUGGUGGGUGUUUGGCAAAGCCGCGGUGCACGGUGGCGCCGGUUCCGUCGUCCACGCAACAUGCCACAUCGCCCUCCUCCACCAACGCCGCACCAGCGUGACCACCUGUGCCCUCGUUGUCGGGGCUACUGUGGGGGCCGCAGUGGUCACAUUCGAGACGUUGAAGGUGGGUCAUCUCCAGGGGAGGGAUAUGGAAGGAUUGGUGAUGUGGGUUUGCGUGUGUAUGUCAGAAGCGGGUCAUCAAGGCGGCAAGAUCUUUGUUCCGCCACCAGGCCUACGACGCCCCUCCCAGCCCUCCUCGCAAGGCCGGGGUGUCAACGCCCUUCAUCAACGACGUCAUCAACAUCUCAGAGCGUCACGAAGUGACGAUCGGGAUGAGUGUGCCGAUUGGCAACGUGUAUGCCCACGGCGCUGGUGAGGGAGAGAAGGAGGGAAAGGAAAAGGGGGAAUGCCUACUGACUGCGGUUUGUGUUUGUGUGUGCAGCCUGGACGGGGGCCCUCGGCUACAACACGCAGGUUGACCGCAAGAAGCCCCGACUCAUCAGGGUACGUACCUGCGCCGGUGUUUUCCCGUCCGUGAACUCGGCUUGUUACAGUCUGUCUGUGUCUGUGUCUGUGUCCGUCAGGAGCUCACCAACAAGGGCAUCCGCGACAUCUCGGCGGGCGGCACACACUGCGCGGCUCUCAACAACCAUGGCGCCAUCUACACAUGGGGUACACAGACGCCAACGCCGAUAUGCAGUGAGUAUGCAUCUGGCUGGCCGGUCUUUUUCUUUCUGUCAGGUAGCGGCGACGAGUACGCCCUCGGCCGAGAUGGACUGGACUACCUGCCACGUGAGCGACAAAGACUGAACCACGCACAAACACAGCCAAUGUACGCGUAUUCGUCAUUCACUGUGUGUGUGUGUGUCUGUGUGCGUGUGUGUCUGCGUGUGUGCAGUCGUGGUGACGAAGAUGCCCGCUCCAGCAUCCAAGGUGAGCACGCCGCCCGGCACACAUACUUACUGAGGCAGUCACUCACCCACCCACCCGUCGUGUGUCCAUCGGUGCCUCCAUCCCUCCACCAUCCCUGUGUGCGUGUUUCCGCGUAGGUCAUCUGCGGCGAAUGUCACACUGUGGCAGUGACACACAGCGGCCAGGUGUACAUCUGGGGAAAAUACCGAGUAAGUCGGAGGGACACACGCGCACGCACUCAGACACUCACACAGACACACGAGAAUCCAUGAUGGUGUGUAUGUCUGUGUGGUGUCAGCUCGACGACUUCCCCAACGAUGUGGCUCGCGGCGAGAUCCUCGU